ACACACACACCGGAGCAGAGAUGAACACACACCCACAUUCAGCAUCCUUUCAGUAGUAGCUCAGCAUCAGAAUCCAGGAUUGUCAAACUCACUGUCAGCAUGGCUGAAGGUUCGGGUGAAGUAUCACUGGCAGAUGUUGAGACAGCAUUUCGUAAAUUUGCAGUUCAUGGAGACAACAAAGCGUUGGGGAAGGAAAUGAAUGGAAAAAACUUUAUUAAACUGUGUAAGGAUUGCAAGGUCAUCGAUGGCAAAACUGUCACCAGCACAGAUGUGGACAUCAUCUUUAGCAAAGUCAAGGCUAAAUCAGCACGUGUCAUCACAUUUGAGCAGUUCACUCAAGCCAUGGCUGAGUUGGCCACAAAACGAUUUAAAGGGAAGAGCCAGGAAGAGGCAGUACAGCUUCUCUACGGUCUCAUUGCUGGCAAAGAACCCGCCAAUGUUGGUGUCACUAAAGUGGCAAAAGUCUCUGCUGUAGACAGAUUAACAGACACCAGCAAGUACACUGGUUCUCACAAGGAACGCUUUAAUGAGUCGGGAAAAGGAAAAGGCCGUUCAGGGAGGGAAGACAUCCCUGAUACCAGCGGAUAUGUUUCAGCAUACAAAGGCCAAGGCUCCUAUGAUAGCAAAGUAAAAGAGGAUGAAUGAAAGGAAAAGAUGAACGCUGAAGAAUGCUUUAUGCAUGACAUAUUGAGCGUAUGUCUGAAGUCUUCCUGGUUUUAUUUUCAGCAGCUGUGUCAUGGCUUGUUUGCAAAAACAAACCCCUGGCUAAAACCUUGCACGAAAACCAGUGACUUUAUUACAUGUACACUUGCAAGCACUUCACAGUUAAUGAUCUACUGCCAUUAGAAAUCAUAAACACUCUUUGGUGAUAAUUGUUUUUUUUUUACACUGGUUCUUAUCACCAUGUAACCUGCCUGUCAGUCCAUACCUGCUAGCUACCUGAAAAACAUCCAUUUGAAUCCCAGGGCACACACAUGCUGAUAAGAUGCAUAUCUUGAAUGCAAGCCAUUUCAGACCGAAGCAUCUGCCAAAUGUUUAAAUUAAUGAGAAUUUCAACAUACAAAACGAUACUCCUUUAAAAAUAUGUGACAGCUUAAAGUUGACAGAUGUGGGGUUAUACAGUCUGUCAUCAAGUUGGAUUUUUUAUGUUAUAACAAGCUAAUUUUUAUGUUUCAUAAAAUUAAAAUAUUAUUACUAUUUAAGACUAAAUAAAAACUUAUAACAACCCAAAAAUGAAAACUGUCAGUCUUUACUCAUGCCCAUGUCAUUCCAAACCAUUCCAAAAUGAUUUUCUUUGUGUGUGUGUGUGUGUGUGUAACAUAAAACAAGACUUUUGAGAAAAUGUCCUAGUUCCAAUGGUAACCAAACAUUUGAAUUACCAACAUUCUUCAAAAUAUCUUCUCGAAUCUGUAAUGUACAGAAGUAAUUUUUACUGAUCUGAAACAACAUGAAUGUGAGUAAACAACAGGAUUUUGCUUUUUGUGUGAACUAUCCCUUUUAAGUGCUUCCUACUCUCUGCUGGGGUUAAUAUUUUGCUGCCUAAAUGAGCUUUAUUGUAUGCUGUUUGAUCUUCUUGGCUUUGUUGCACUGAGCUUUCUAUCAGACUGUAAUCACUGAACUGACCUGACACAAAUAAAGUCGAAUAAAGAAA